UAACAGCGUGCUGUAUAAAAGCCGGCUGAAAAACAACUACAGUUACAUUUGCGGUGAGCGUGCAAGGAGGUUAGCGGCGAUACAUCGAAGGAACUACCGCCUGUGUGUGUGUUAUUUGCGCCGUUUCUUCACAGAGAACCGACGGGCUGUAGUCCAUAGAAAUGAGAACCUUCCAGCUGUUGUUUACCCUGGGCCUGGCGGUGGCGUCCUAUACAGCCAAAGUGCCGGUGGGGAAGCCUGUAGAGGUAGCGCCAUCUAGCGGACAGAAGGAAGAGGUGCAGCCGUACAUGGAGGUGGAGGUGAUAGAAAAGCCGAAGCCCCGACAACGUAGCUUCACUCCCAGCAAGUGCUGUUCCAUCGGCAAGCGCGUCGCUCUGAAACAGCUGUCCUGCUCCGUGGACGUCCACCAGGUGGCCAAGAAGAAUAACGGCGCGCACAAGAAGAAGAUGAAGUUCCACGGGCCCGAGCCCGCAGGCAAGCGGAACCAGAAGGGCCUAAUGCGGAGGGUGGAAAAGUGUGCUCCGCUGAAGGACACGUCGUCCAUGUUUAUGAAAUGUUGCCAGGUCCAGACGCACUACAUGAAGAAAGUGGACCGGUGCCGGGACCUUCCUACCCGUAAGCAACAGAGGCAGUGCCGCCGAGCUCUCAGGGGCGAGAAACCCAGCGGGAGAUCCAUGCGUCUCAACAGAGAGUAGAACACCUGGUCUCAGAACUUUGCUUUUACCAUACAUUCCUUUGUGAAAAAGAUUACCUACGAACUCAGGUGCAAACGACUCAGUUAUGGCUUUGUAUAUUGCAUUGUUAACAGACCUGUAUGUUAUGUUUGACCAUAUGGGUACCAGCUUGCUGUAGACAUGUAUCAAAUCAAAGAUUGUUCAGAUCUGUUGUUUGAUUGCAUACCAAGACAUAAAGCCCUCAGCGUCCAAACGCAGGAGAUUUGUUCUUCAAAGAUAAUACUUAAAAGGUUGUAGUGAGGACCUCCUUCAUGUAACACAUUUCAGCAGCCACAGUGGCAUUGACAACUUGCAAGACUCACGUGUAGGGCCAUUGAAAAGCUAACCAACACUGCCGGCCAUGGAUAACCUUGCACUAAUGUGUAUUUAUUGUGACAUCCAGUGCUGUGUACAUCAGCAAUGUAUAUUACCGUCACAGGGGGUAUGUGUUUUAGUUGAUUAGCCAAAUUCUUGUUGCACAUCCAUCACGGCUGUAAGCCAGGAGCACGGGAGUUUCCCUGUUUAUAUUGUGAAUACUGAAGCCCCAGGAUAUGUUUUGGAUAGUGCAAGUCCUUGAACUUGAUGUAGAAAAACAAGUGACGGAGAAAAGAGAUCCCAGAUGUGAAGGGCACAUGUGUGCCUGGUUCAGUCAUCCUUCCUACCAACGUUGGGUCAGGGUUGCGUCCUAGCGGAGAGCUGAUGAACUGCACGCCAAGAAUGUUUUGUACAUAAAGAGUGAUCCGAAUCCUUGUAAAAAUCAUGGAAAUGUCGGAAAAUAAAAAGUUACGAAUGGU